GAAGUAGUUCAUAAGAAGAUGCGAUGUUCGCGACGCGGUGUCGUAGUUGUGUUGUAAGUGCCAUACUCGAUCCAUGGUGAUACUCAAUAGAUCCCUGGUCGCGCAGAACCUCAUUUCCCAGAUAUAGAUAUGUCUGGAGAGAGUCUGGUUCCAUUACCCCAAGGGGCGGGGUAUGGGGUAGUUGUUGGUGUUGGUCUUGCUUUUGGUAUCGGAAUGGUUGGCGUCAAUAAGUUUCUGGAGAAGUUUCUACUUGAAAAGUCGGAUCAUACUGAAAUGUUCAUGGUCGCCAAUCGUAGCGUUGGUACUGGGCUAACAGCUUCCGCUGUUAUAUCCUCAUGGAUGUGGGCUACAGCCAUUAUCUGGACAGCUGCCCAGGGUUACCUCUACGGAAUCGCAGCGCCAUUCUGGUACGCCGCUGGCGUUUCUAUACAGAUUGCUUUGAUGACAGUGCUUGCCAUCCACGCUAAAGUCAAGGUCCCGAACGGCCACACUGUUUUGGAGAUUGUCAGACUCAGAUAUGGGACCCCGGCCCAUGUCAUUUACAUCUUCCUAUGUUUCGUCACCAAUUUACUUUCAGUAACGUCUAUGAUCCUGGGAGCUGCUGGAGUUAUUACCGCAUUGACUGGCAUGCACAUUGUUGCGUCGACCUUUCUUCUGCCUCUUGGAGUCGUGGUGUAUACAGUAUCAGGAGGAUUGAAGGCGACUUUCCUAACUGAUUAUGUCCACACGCUCAUAGUAAUGGUCAUACUCUGCUUUUUGACCGUCAAAACGUUCACAAAUCCAGCCAUUACCGAUUUGAGUUCCUUCUACGAUAUCCUGGUUGCUGCGGAUAAGACUCGUAACAUAGAAGGGAACUAUCAAGGCUCGAUACUUUCAUUCAAGUCCAAGAGCUCGAUUAUAUUUGGACUUGUCCACUCUUUUGGAGAUUUCGCUUUGGUCAUUAUGGACACCAGUUUCUGGCAGAAGGGCUUUGCUGCCGACACCGCUGCUACCAUGCCAGGAUACAUGCUUGGAGGAAUAUCUUAUUUCGCCGUUCCUUGGGCUGUUGGUACUACAGCCGGUCUAGCAGCGAUCGGGCUUGAAAACACUCCCAUCUUCCCAACUUAUCCAAGAAAAAUGACUACCAGCGAGAUCAACGCCGGAUACGUCCUUCCUUACACCGUCAUGGCCAUCGCCGGAAAAGGAGGUGCAUUUUCACUGCUCUUAGUGGUCUUCAUGUGUGUAACGAGUACAACUUCUGCCGAACUGAUAGCUGUCUCGAGCAUAUUCUCGUUCGACGUCUAUCGAACAUACAUCAACCCCAAAGCUCAUGAUAAGCAAGUAAUUCGCGUGUCUCAUUGGUCGGUUAUCGCAUUCGGAAUCUUUGCUUCGGCCUUCGCUACAGCGUUGCAUUACGGCGGUAUCGACCUGAAUUGGAUGGGAUAUUUCCUAGCAACGAUCAUCUGUCCGGGAAUGUUUCCAUUGGCGUUUACGAUUCUCUGGAAGCAACAGUCUGCUGCAGCUGCGACAAUUGCCCCUAUCCUAGGUUUGGCGAGCGGCAUCGCAGUAUGGCUCGGGACAGCAUACGCUUACGCUGGUGAAUUGACCGUCAUGUCGACUGAAGCUCAACUGCCGUGUUUAUGGGGAGCGCUCACAUCCACAUUUUCCUCUGCUAUCUACUCGGUGAUCAUCACAUAUAUCAAACCUCAAAACUUCGACUGGCGCGUCUUCCUCCUUCUCAACGAAGUAAAAGACUCCUACUCGGAAGAUUCUUCCAGCACCGGACCCGAAGCUACGAACCCUAUCGCAGACACGCAGGAUCUGGACAGCGUCCAGCAUCCGUACCCACCGGAAGAACUGAACCGAAUGAAACGCGCUGGUAUCAUCGCGAGCGUUUUCAGCGUCAUCGUAGGUCUAGUCACGUGGGUUGUGUGGCCGUUGCCAUUGUAUAGGGAUUAUAUCUUUACGAAGUCGUUCUUCUCUGGUUGGACGGUUGUUUCGGAAAUAUGGCUCUUCUUCUGCCUGCUCGUUGCGUCUGUUUAUCCCAUCGUUGAUGGAAGGGAUGUUCUGCUGAAAGCGGCAAGGCUCGCGUGGCAGAGUAUUACAGCGAAAGGGGAGGGUCAGUAUCAACCUGAGGAGAGAAAAGGAGCUCAUGAUCAGUCUUCAUCGAGUGGUGUUGACGAUGAAAGGAACGAGAAGGUGCCUGCGGGGGUGGAGGACAAGUCGAAAAACAUAGAUGUAGUCUCUGUUUCAUAAGGGUUGAGAGAGUAUGAGGUUCUCGAUAUACCCACAACAUCUAACGGGUUGUUUAUAGAAUAUGGGGUAUCGUUCAAAGAUAGAAUAGAGC